AUGAGCAACGACACCACCCUCCACGCCAACGUCCCUCUUACCAUCCUCAUCAUCGGUGCCGGUAUCGGCGGCCUAGCCCUCGGCACCUCCCUCUCCCUCUCCGGCCACGCCGUCCGCAUCCUCGAAGCCGCCCCCGAAAUCGGCGAAGUCGGUGCCGGGAUCCAAGUCGCCCCAAACCUCUCCCGCAUACUGGAUCGAUGGGGAUUAUUAUCGGAGUUGAAAACAAAAGGUGGCGCGGUGAUGUUGGAGAGGAAUAGUUUGAGGAGGUGGGAGGGUGGUGAGGAACUCGGGACUGCGGAGUUGAUGCCGGGGGUUGGGGAGAAGUAUGGAGCGCCGCUCAUGGUUGCGCAUCGGGCUGAUCUUCAGCGCGUGCUGUUGAAUGGUGCACUCCGUGCUGGCUGCGAACUCUUGACCGACCACCGCGUCACCGAUAUCGACCUCGCCGGUACUCGGGUUCAGUUAUCGACGGGCGAAUGGAUAACAGCCGAUACCAUCCUCGCCGCAGACGGCAUCCGCUCUCCAACCCGCCACGCCCUCUCCCUCCUCCUCUCAACCCCCGACCGUCCCCUCCCAACCGGAGACGCAGCCUACCGCGUCCUUAUUCCCCGCACCCAAAUGCUCCAAGACCCAGAGCUGUCAGUCUUGAUUAACCAGAACGUCGGGAUCCGGUGGAUGGGCCCUGGGCGGCAUAUCAUGGCGUACCCAAUAAAAGGCGGAGAGGUAUACAACAUGGUACUACUCCACCCCGACACAUCAAGUACCCCGACCGCAGAGAGUUGGACCCAACGUGGUUCGAAAGCGGAGAUGUUGGCACACUACGCAGCCUGGAAUCCCACCGUCACGAAAUUACUGAAUAUGGUCCCGGAAGGCGAAGUAAUGGAGUGGACACUCAACUCGCACGCCGAACUCGCGCAUUGGGUAUACAAUAAUACCGCAUUGGUGGGUGACGCAUGCCAUCCUAUGCUUCCCUACGUCGCACAAGGCGCUGCGCAGGCUGUCGAGGAUGCAGCCGUUCUCAGCACGUGCCUGAACUUGAUCGAGAAGAAGGUGGAUAUUCCGGAUGCGCUCAAGGUGUAUGAAAGACUUAGGUUACCGAGAGCGAGCGCGAUUCAACGCUCGGCAGCAACGACCCGCGCUGCGCUCCACCUCCCCGACGGUCCCGAACAACGCCUCCGUGACGCCCAAAUCCGGGAAGCCUCCUCACAAGCACACAUGGACAGCACGGCCGCGGGAGGAGGAGCGAAGAAGAAUCCGGAUAUGUGGGGCGAUCGUGCUUGGCAGGAGUUUAUGUGGGGUGUUGAUGUUGUUGAGGAGUGUGUUGAUAAGUUUGGGAAGGUGUUGGAGGAGGUUAGGGGGGUUAGGGUGGCGAGGGUUGGAGCUAGUACGUUGUAA